UCGCAAAAAGCUAGAAGCGCUAUCUUCCAGCUUUUAUGGAAGAGCUUUAUGACCCAAAGGUUGUGCUUUGACCAACAAGACACAGACAAAUGAUGGCACAGCUCUGAACCCAGCAGACAUGAUGCCUCCAACCUGCUUUGAGCAGUGUUAAUGCAGAGGGGUCACCUCGCCCUGCCAGCAGCCUCUGCAUUGGGAAAUGAGAACAAACUUGAUUUCCGAUGUGUUCUCCUGAAAUGCGGCAGUUUGCUCUUCUCCAGAGACAGCAUGACCAAGGCAACUGUUUGUAUAAGGAAAACAUUUCAUUGGGGGCUUGCUGACAUUUUCAGAGGCUGGGAUCAGGGAGACACACACUUGAUGCAGUCCGAGUCUCCUAGCCUGCGGGAAACAACACAACCCAGCUGUGGACCUCGUGUGUGAACAUUCUGGGAUCUAUUUGGCACGACCUCAUCCUGCCCAAAGAGACACCAUGGCAUCCAAGCUGGGGAAAGUGUGUCUGGCUUGCAGAGACAGGUUUUGAACCCGCUUCCACCAAGUGCCAGCUCUGUGUCUCAGCCAGGGGCCCGGGGACAGCUCUUGCCUCCGGAGGGAAACUGAUCACUCCUCCUUCACAGGACAAGGGUGAGUCCUGAUCCCAGGGUACCAUCUCUGUGCCCUGUGGCCACAGCAUACUCCUCUGGCCUAACUGUUCCAUGGGUAGUGUCCAUUCCAGUGUGAGGCAGGCAGCUCUGGCCUUCACAGACUCUAGGGUGCUGGGGAAGAGGCAACCAGGACAAGACUCGUGGUUUUCUGGGGUGGGAAGAGAAUAUUGCUGUAUUAAGAGUAGCUAGGGGUAGUUGGUGUAAGAGUUUCCUCUGCUUGUGUGUUGCUUUCAUUGGAUAAUGAAUAAAGAAACUGCCUUGGCCUAGUUGAUAGGACAGAACUUAGGUAGGAGGAGUAGACAGAACUGAAUGCUGGGAAGAAGGGCAAAGUGGCAGACGCCAUGGAUCUCCUGCCUGAGACAGACGCUGGCUAGAAUCUUGCCGGUAAGGCCCGUGGUUGCCCACCGCCUGACAUCUGCAAGCUGCGUGCCCACGAGUGCCCACUUGGAAUCUCCAGUCAGCGAUAGCAGCAAUGACUUCAAAAUGGAGAACUAGUGAAUCUUGGUAUUCUCACCCAGUAUAUGCAAGAUAUUGGCGACAUUAUCAUCAUGCAGUGGUUUGGAUGCGAACCCACCAGAAUGUCUACAGGAAGUCCAGGAAUUCCUGUUUCACUUCCCCAUGGUUCUACCCUCAAGGAGUUCUUCCCUGGAACUCUGUUGCUUAUGAGGCUGGGCAUCCUUGGAACUAUCAAGGCCAACACAUGGUCUGGCAGGAGCCUCCCUACAGUGUUUCCCAUCUCCAAAGCUCUGGGCAGCCUCUGUAUGAUAGCAGUAGAAUCCAGGCAACCACAAGAGAAGAUGAAGGCCCAUAUGAAGAGGAAGAGAUGGAGUCGGAUUCAGAUAAUGAAAUAGAAUGUGACCUGAGCAAUAUGGAAAUCACCGAGGAGCUCCGCCAGUACUUUGCAGAGACUGAGAGGCACAGAGAAGAGCGGCGGCGACAGCAGCAACUAGAAACGGAGCGCCUGGACGACUAUGUAAAUGCCGACCAUGGGCUGUACUACAACCACCACCGGUCCACAGAGCCUCCCUCGGAGAAGCCUGGGGAGCGGCGUCAAGCUGGGAUGAAGCGCUUGUAUGGGGACAGUGCUCCCAAGAUCCUGGCCAUGGAGGCUGCUGUGCAGAUGAGCUUUGACAAGUACUGUGACAAAAAGCAGCCAAAAUACUGGCCUGUCAUUCCUCUGAAGUUCUGAGUUGUGGGCACAGGGACCUUGUGGAAAGCCUCCUCUGGAUGUGUUCUCUUCAUUUCUCCUGGACAUUUUUCAGAGAAAGAGGCCUAUAUACCAACACAGUGGAUACAGUCUGUCAGCCACUUAGAAUUCUGUCAGCAGGAGGUAUACUGUUGCCAACACAAGAAAUGUCCCCUUUACAUAAAGUGAUAAUCGUAUAUAUUA